AUGGCAAGGGCAGGCGGAUCGUCUGCAGGGAUGCAGCAGACAACCCACAUGCUCCGGGCAACCCCUCAACCCCCUCCUCCAUUUGAAUCGGUACGUCUCCAGCAGCAACAGCAGCAACAGCAGCAACAGCAGCAGCAGCAACAGCAGCAACAGCAGCAACAGCAGCAGCAGCAACAGCCCCCAGCGGGGCGAACGUUUCAGUCGCUCUCUGGUGAUACGGGGCCGUAUGCUAGUUACGCGCCCCCGCCCCCGCCCCCACCUCCACCCCCACCUUCUCACCAAGAUGCUCUUGCAUGCCUGCAGAGAGAAUAUCCGAUACAGCGACGAGCAUCUCGCCGGUAUUCUGCCUAUCAAAUUGCUAAACUCACUGGGACAUCACCGAAUGAGGUAGCCGUGUCAGCCAGUAGCAGCCCAUCAUUAAAGAAGAAAAGAAAAAGUAGCAACCCAUCAUAUACUAGCACGAUCGAAUCUACUAGCACGGACGACACACCCAGCGGCAUCAUCACGAGGCUAUCACGCUUGCAGCUAUUUUCAGGUCACUUUGAAUCUUCACAAGCUUUACUUGACGUCAUCGGGGUAUCAGAAAAUGUGAUUAAAGAAGUGGGUGACUGGACUAAAAAUGGGAAAGAGACGAUCUGGGUGUCAGUUGUUGUAGUUGUUUGGUUACGGAAACUAUUGGCGAAAUAUAGCGAGGAAUGGGAAAUGAUGGCAGAUAAGGCGUGGAACUGCGCUAUGAGUGAGUUAGACGCAGAGGAGGUCAAAAAGAUGGAAGCUGAAGCUGAAAAGGUCGCGGAGGGAAGUACCAGGGUCUUCGACUAG